AUGCGUGGUACUGCUCUUGGGUGGUAUGAUUGGAUACCUCUCUCUUCUCUCUUUAUCUAUCAACCUUUUCUCGUUCUUUUAGUCUCGUUCUCUCAUUCUCGCGUUAUUUGUUAUUCUUCUUUUCAUAAGAUUUUUUUUUCAUUUUCUCUUUUCUUUACACGUUUUUCUUUCUACUUUCUACCUCCUUCAUUCUUUCUUGAUUUGUUUAUUGUUCCUUGCAUAUUUUCUAUAUUUUAUUCUUUUCUUCUUUUUUCUCUCUUUCUAUCUUAUUUCCUAAUAUCCUUCUUCAUUUUAUCAUUCCUUCCUUUAUUAUUUUAUUCUCUCCAAUUUUCUUUGAAUAUGUUUUAUUUUUCAUUUUUUCUUUCUUUUUUUCUUACUUAUUUCGCAGUUUCAUUCGUUAUUUUUGCCAUUCCUUCCUUUCUUUCUUUAUUCUCUCCAACUUUCUUUGAAUAUUUCUUUCUUUAUUUUAUCAUUUCUUCCAUUAUUACUUUAUUUUCUCCAACUUUCUUUAAAUAUUUUUUCGUUUUUUCUUUCUUUCUUUUUUCUUUCUUUCUUUCUUUCUUUUUUCUUUCUUUCUUUUUUCUUUCUAAUUUCGUAAUUGUAGUUAAUAUUUUUCUGUUACUAUUUUUAUUUGUAUUUCAUUUUUCUUUUCUUUCCUUUUCUCUUUUCAUUCUUACUUCGCAGUUUCGUUCAUCAUUUCAACAUUCCGUAUUUAAUUCUUCCUCUAUUGCACUUUACAUCUUCCUAUAUAUGAUUUUUUUGGUUAUUCUAUUUUCCCUUCUUUUACCCUUCUUCUUCGCUCCUUCUUUCUUACUUUCUUUCUUUUUUUCUUUCUUUCUUACUUCGCAAUUUAAUUUUUCAUUUUACCAUUAUUUACUUUAUUGCUUUCUUGUUUUUCUUUCAUUAAUUUUCUUUCCUCUUAUUUUCUUUCUUUUUGUAGAUAUGUUUACUGACCCUUUCUAUCAUACUUUCAUCUUUCUUUUCUAUCCUUCUUCAUUUGUAUUUUUCUUCUUUUUUUUCUUACUGAUUUUAUUAGCACUUCUUCAUCAAAUCUCUUUCUUUCUGUCCUCUCACUCUCACUCUCACUCCCAACUCAUGUAUGCCAUAUACAAUCGAAUUAAGUUUCUCUCCUUAUUCUCUAAAACUAUUGACUAUUCGUCACUCUCAAAUUAUCCCUCUCGCCAAACACUCAUUACUUCCUCAUCUUCCUCUUCUCUUUUUCUCUCCAGAACCCUCCCUCUCUCAGAUCUCCUUUCUACCUCUCUAAAACAAACUGGCCCUUCGUUGAUAUUUUUGUUGCAAUUUUCCUCUAUUAUUUCGAAUGCAGCUUUUCAUUUUAUUCCUAAUCACCCAUUCCUACGUCGUCAACAUUCCCCCCCAUCUGAGAAUUUUAUCGCUUCAGUUCCUGUCAAACGCUUUCUUUUUACUUUCCCUUCGAAUAUCUCUCCAGUACCAUCACCGCCACUCCGAUCUCUUUUUCUAUGUCAAUUUUGCCUUUUUUUUUCACAAAUCAACAAUGUAUUUUUUGUCCAUUUUCUUCCCAAUUUUCUCUUUCACUCUUUCUCUCUCGAUGCUUUUCUCGCUUUCUUUCUCUCCCUUCCCUCUCUCUCUCUCUCUCUCUCUCUCGUCAAUUUUUCACUCCUGACAUCACCUUUUCCUAAGUUUGUCGGCUUCUCGUCUUUUACUUCAACCUCGUUGCCAUCUUCCUCUUUUGUUGUUGUUGUUGUUGUUGUUGUUGUUCUUCUUCUUCUUCUUCUUCUUCUUCUUCACUCCCUGUCAUUGUCGGCCUGUUCGCCAAGAACCGGGGGAAUGGAGGAAAGUAACGACAACGUCGUGGCUAAUAGCUUAAUUCCGAGGUAA